AUGGGAUCUGGCAGACUUGGCAAUCAGAUGAUCAGAUAAAUUUGAUCAGAUAACUUUGCUCGGCGCAGUGGGCACCCAUCUUAUCAGAUGCAUCACCAGAAGCUGAUUGGUGGUUGUCAGCUCCGGCGAGCUUGGGUCCACUUCUGUGAGCCAGGAUGUUCCACAGAAAUGAAGAGCCGACAUCGCAGAAUGCCAGAAUGUGCCUCACAAAUCCAGUUUGUCGUGAAAAGAUACCUGAUUGAAUCCUUCAGCCGACUUUGAACUGCCAAGUUCGUUAGGUAAUAUCCAACCUCUGCCGCCAUGCAUCCCACUCUUCCCUGGCCACCCCGAACCGUCGGACCCGACAUUGGGUUGACGCUCGACGGGGUCAAGGACCAUCCUCAUUCGACAAGGGUACAUUCAGAUAUAUUGAGGUACACCCACCUCUACCUUUCUCGUAGCCAAUCCCACAACCUCCCCGUAUUUACCUACUUCAUUUGACCCCAUCCUUCCCUCCCAGUGCAGGCCCCAUCUCGUGCCCUCCUCGUCGUUAUUUCUUGCAGCAUCUUCAAAAUGCGUGGUCGCCUGUUUUUCGUCCUGCUCUCCGCCUUCAGUGGGACUGCUGUUCAAGCCGCCGUUUCUCCUCAAGACAAUGUCGAUGUCGGUGCCCUCUUAGCCCGCCAGGCCCCUGGCACUCCCCAGUUUGAGUGCCAUUCCGACUGUGGAGGUGCCCUUGGUGGCUCGCGCUCCGGUAGACACUGCGACAACUCCACUUGGGUCGAGCUCUUCGAGGACUGUCUCGAAUGUGCCAAUCAGUUCAACAUCUGGCGCCACUACGGCAAUGGUUUGACAGCCGCUGCUGAAGCUUGCGGCUUGUCUGCUGUCCCAUCACCCUCGGGCGGAGGAGAGGAGCCAGCGGCCACCACAACAGUCACUCCCGUCGGCUCUUUUGUUACCUCAGAGGCCCCGGUUACUCUCACUGAGGAUGCUGAUUCGUCUUCUACCUCUGACGCCGCUGAACCCUCCAUCACCGAACCUCCUCAGACAGGAGCUGAGACGACCGCACCCGCCUCGGCCUCCACCAGUGAGCCUGUUACUGCUGGUGCUUCCGGUCUCGCGUAUGCUUCUGUCUCGAUGAUGAGUGUCGGGACUCUACUUGCGGUUUUCAUUGGCACAAUCAGCUGGUAAUCGGGAAGACCCAAGUAAUGGCCUUGAAAGAGUGGCACAUAAUAAUGGUUUGGAUGUAAUGUUAGAUAAUCUUUAUCAGUGACCUGGCUUUCCCUUCGCACCACCUAUCGAGAUCACCAGAGUAGCCCAUCAUGUAUCCAAUUCUCUCAUAGCAUCCUGAUUCAUUGAUAGUUGGCGUCUCCA